GGUUGUAAGAAUAAAAAAAAUCUAAAAGAGAAAACCAGAAAAAAACCAUGGGACGAAAAACACUGUUCGUAUGUAGUUUUUCAUAACUCGACAAAGAAAACACUAAUCAUCAUCACACUUACCCAAACCAACGCAGACGUUUCAGAUCUUUCACACGAUUUUUAUCCUUUUUGAUGAGACUCUGAUUUUACGUAGUCUCUCGUCUGCAUUUUCUUAAGAGAUUUGGGGUUGCAUCGCUUCUUCAUGAAAUGUUUGCCGAUAAGAAAAAGAAGAAGGGUGUUAAUAUCUUUGCAUUUUCUGUUUUUGCCAUCUUUUGCUUCAAGUUUUACGAUGUAAAUGCUGUCAAGUUACCAAAGAGUGAAGUCGAUGCUCUGCAGCAAAUCGCCAAAACGCUGGGCUCUAAGUUCUGGAAAUUUGAUGCUGAAAAUUGUAAAGUCGAAACGGUGGGGCUAACAGAGACUCCUCCCCCGACAGCUAAGCAAGAAAUAGAAUGUGAAUGUAGUCCCACUAACGAAACUGAUUGUCAUAUUAUCAAAAUUGCAUUCAAGGAUCAUAAUCUUCCAGGAACUCUUCCACCUGAAAUACAAAAACUUCCCUACCUCCAGGAGAUAGACUUCGCCUACAACUACCUGAAUGGGACAAUACCACUGGAAUGGACUAUGACAAAUUUAACAACUAUCUCUCUUCUUGUAAAUCGGUUGUCAGGGCCAAUUCCAAAGGAGGUCGGAGACAUGACUUCACUAACUUCCUUAGAUCUAGAGUCAAAUGCGUUUACUGGAACCAUUCCUGAGGAGCUAGGCAACUUAGCCAACUUGGAAAAACUGUUACUUUCCUCCAACAAAUUGACGGGUGGUUUGCCAGAUUCAUUAGCUAAACUAGAGAAGUUGGAAGAUUUCAGGAUUAAUGAUCUCCAACUCACUGGAAGGAUACCUAGUUACAUACAAAAUUGGAAGGGACUCAAGAGACUUGAAAUGAUUGCAUCUGGUCUUACCGGUCCAAUCCCAUCGGUCAUCUCAACUUUCGACAAAAUGAAAAAUCUGAGGAUCACUGAUAUAGGUGGACCAGUCCAACCAUUCCCUUCCUUAAAGAACUCAACAGAGUUCUCUAAGCUGAUACUGAAGAACUGUAACAUUGCUGGACAAAUACCUACCUAUCUUUCAUCAUUGAAAAAUCUGGAGACAUUGGACUUGAGUUUUAACAAGUUGGCUGGGACAAUUCCCGCGUUUGCGCAGGCAGAAGAUCUACGGUUUAUAAUGUUGACUGGAAAUAAACUCGAGGGAGAGGCUCCAGAUGGAUUACUAAGAGAUGGAAUCACUGUAGAUCUUUCUUAUAAUAACCUCAAGUGGCAAAGUCCUGAAAGUAGUUCUUGUCGACCACACAUGAAUCUGAAUCUAAACUUGUUUCAGAGUACUUCAAUAAAAAAAUCGAGCAAGUUUCUGCCAUGCAUCAAAGAUUUUGUAUGUCCUACAUAUUAUAGCUGCCUCAAUAUAAACUGUGGUGGAAGCGAUCUAACAGUAGAAGCAAACAAUAGCAAAAUAAUAUAUGAAGGAGAUGGAGAAGUUGAAGGUGGUGCUGCUAAGUACUAUCUGAAUCCUGAGUCUUACUGGGGAUUCAGCAGCACAGGGGACUACAUGGACGACAACAAUUUCCAAAACACAAGAUUCACUAUGUUUGUCCCGACAUCUAACCUGUCUGAACUGUACAAAACCGCACGGAUAGCUCCAGCAUCUCUCACUUACUUCCAUGCCUGCUUGGAAAAUGGAAAAUACACUGUGAACCUAAACUUCGCUGAGAUGAGAUUCACCAAUGAUGAUACUUAUAGCCAUCUUGGAAGGCGUAUUUUCGACAUCUAUAUUCAGGAGAAACUUGUUUUAAAAGACUUUAACAUCAUGGCUGAAGCAAAGGAAGCUCAAAAACCUAUAACCAAAUCAUUUACUGUUAAUGUGACGAACCACUUUUUAGCUAUCCGAUUGGGUUGGGGCGGUAAAGGAACCACCAGGAUUCCCGAAAGAGGGGUUUAUGGUCCUAUCAUAUCUGCUAUUUCCAUACUUUCAGAUUCUAAGCCGUGCGCACUCGCUGGAAGUGGAAUGAGCACUGGAGCGUCAAUUGGACUUGGAAUUGGAGUCGCAUGUCUUAUUAUCUUUCUACUAGGUGUUCUUUGGUUUUGUGGCUGCCUUCCAUGUUUCGGGCGACGAAAAGAUCCUAACGAAGAAGAGUUGCCAUCUGGAACUUUUACUUUACGGCAAAUCAAAGCUGCUACGAAUGACUUCAGUCCAGCUAACAAGAUCGGUGAAGGUGGUUUUGGUCCUGUCUUUAAGGGCGUGUUAUCAGAUGGAAGAGUUGUAGCAGUUAAGCAGCUCUCAUCUAAAUCAAGACAAGGGAACAGAGAGUUCCUAAACGAGAUAGGCGCAAUAUCUUGUCUUCAACAUCCAAAUCUCGUCAAGCUUCAUGGCUUCUGCGUCGAGCGGGCUCAGAUGUUGCUUGUGUAUGAAUGCAUGGAGAACAACAGUUUAGCUCAAGCGUUAUUCAGUCCAAAGGAUAAACAGAUUCCAAUGGACUGGGCUACGAGGUUUAACAUUUGCUGUGGAGUUGCAAAAGGUCUCGCGUUUCUCCACGAGGAGUCACCUUUGAAGUUUGUACACAGAGACAUCAAGGCCACUAAUAUUUUAUUGGACAAGGAUCUAACUCCAAAGAUAUCUGACUUCGGAUUGGCUAGGCUAGAUGAAGAGGAGAAUACACACGUUAGCACCAAAGUCGCUGGGACUAUAGGAUACAUGGCACCAGAAUACGCACUCUGGGGUUACUUAUCUUUCAAAGCAGAUGUCUACAGCUACGGUGUUUUGGUUCUAGAGAUUGUCGCUGGCAUAAACAACAGUAGUUUUAUGGCGGCAGGAGAUGAAGUCUGCCUCUUGGAAUGGGCUACUCAGUGUGAAGAGUCAGGACACUUGAUGCAAGUUGUGGAUGAGAGACUGAGACCUGAAGUCAACAAAAAGGAAGCAGAGGCUGUAAUAAAAGUGGCUCUCGUGUGCACGAACGCUUCUCCUACGGAUCGUCCUAUAAUGUCAGAGGUCGUUGCAAUGCUCGAAGGUUUCUAUCCAGUGCCUGAUUCAACCCCUGGAACAAGCAAGAAAUCAGGGGAUAUAAGGUUUAAGGCGUUCAAAGAUGUAAGGAAAGGCAUGGAUAACGACAGUAAGACGCAGUGUUCUGUUAACAGUUAUCCUUCUUCUUCCUUUUCUUCCACUACUAAUGUGGAUACUAAUGUGGCUGGACAAGAAACAAAACAAGAAGAGCCAAGGAGCUGAUCAAGAGGUUUAUAGUUCCUGUUCUUUCUCUUUUUUUUUUGUUAAAUUAUCUGACUGUUAAUUUGUAAUAUGUUUUGGAAGUCUAUUACACAACUAGAGUCCAUUUACUGUAACUUUUUUUUUUCUUGCAUCAUAUUAAUUGUUGAUUAGUUAGGGACU